AUGCCUUAUGGCCCUAGGGCGCCGGAGCGCCGCUCCAGGGGGAGUUUUGACGCGGCCCUCAUGGCUACGGACUGGUUCGGCCGGCCGAGACACUCGUUGGCCGUCGGCGAGAGCGUCCCUGGCGCCGAUCGGCCGAGCCCGGGGCACACGCGCAAAUGUUGUCAACUUUUGGAAGAUGUUGGUGGUGCCCCGGACAUCCAGCCAAUUAGUAAUGCAGAUUUCAUAGUUCCGGUGGAGAUAGAUGGAACAGUUCAUCAGGUGAGCACACUUUAUUUUUUCUUCGUCUUUCUUUCCUUAUUUUUGUGUUCUCUCACGGCAUAUCUAGCGAAGUAUGCAGACCCGGUGGCUGACCUGCUGGACAAGUGGGGCGUGUUUAGAGGCCGCCUCUUCAGGGAGUCCUGUGUUUUCCAUCGAGGAAACUACAUCAAAGACUUAAGCAGUGUGAAAAGUCUACUUAUAAUGUUUCCCUGUCAACUACGCAAAGCCCUGCCCAAGCGUGCCGCGCUGAACCGAUUGGAGUUCCUGUACAGAGUUCCUGUACAGAGUUGGUUUGAUGACAUGGCGGAUGCUGAGUUGUUAGACCUCGUGCCGUUCCUUGAUGGACUGUCUAAGGUGGACAACGUUUACUCUGUGCUGCGCACGCACAACCACAACCUGUUCAAUCUCCGUCAUCAAGGAUCCCCUCUAGGCAGCCACCACAGCUCCAACAGCUCUAUCAACACAUAGCCUCGGCUAAAACACAACCACCGCCCCCGAUCGCCGCCGCGAUAGAGGCACGCGGUCGCCACGGCGAUGGAGGCACGCGGUCGCCACGGCGACGGAGGCACGCGUUCGCCACAGCGACAAAAGGAGGAUUUCUUGUUGCCUCUGCUGCGGUCGCCGUGGCGAUGGACGGUUGCCCUUGCUGUCUCUGCAGUGGUUGCCAUGACGAGGGAAGGGAUUCGUGUUCUUGCUGCGGUCGCUAGGGAAGCUGUCCUAUGGCGAUCGUCGUGACGACAAAGGCAAGGUCGAGGGCGGAAGGCCGUUUGACUUCGCGGACGUUACAGAUGCUCACUUGUUUUGGCGAUCGCCGGCGUGCGAUCAUGUGUCGGUUGUUCGCUGGAGAGCUGUUCUCUUGUCGAACGCGUCGCAGGAUUGGAACGUAUAGCGAAACUAACGCUCGCACGGAUGGACUGAUGAACAAUGCUGCUGGGGUGGUUCGUUCCUUCCUGGUCCAUUGUUGUUCACACACACAUGUUCCAUCUCAUAGAUCUGUAAGCUAGAUGAUCAAAAUCAUUGUUCGCACACAGAAAUGUUCCACUUCCGAAGAUCGGUGAGCUAGUUUAACAUUAGUUGUUCACAGAGGAAGAAGAGAGAGAGUUGUUCACGUGGGGAGGUGUGAGUGUGGUUGGUCCCUCCUUCCUCCUCUUCCCUGUAGCCUCCGUUUUCUCCUUUUACUUCUCUCCCAGACCUCCUUCCUCCCGCUUCUCCUCUCCCACCUUCUC